UCUAAGACCAAUCAUUUUGUUUCUUCCCAGAAGGCAUCAUUGGACUAAAUGGGCCAACAGAAUCUAACAGUGCCGACUGAAUUCAUUCUCAUAGGAGUAACACAGAGACAUGAAUUGCAUCUCCCACUCUUUGGUAUUUUCCUCAUCAUCUACCUGAUCACAGUUGUGGGCAACCUGGGCAUGAUCAUCUUGACCAAGGUGGACUCCCGCCUACAUACACCAAUGUAUUUUUUUAUCAGACACCUGGCUGUCAUUGAUCUUGGUAACUCUACUGUUAUUUAUCCUAAAAUGCUAGUCAAUUUCAUUUUGGAUCGAAAUACUAUUUCCUAUUAUGAAUGUGCCAUACAGAUGGCUUUCUAUGUUUUAUUCAUUAUCACUGAACUCUAUGUUCUGGCAGUCAUGGGCUAUGACCGUUAUGUGGCCAUCUGUAACCCUCUACUCUAUAAUGUGAUCAUGUCGCAGACACUGUGCCAUGUACUCAUAGGCAUUCCAUACCUCUUCUGUACAUUCCAGUCCCUUUUGCUCACCAGUAAGAUUUUUACAUCGACUUUCUGCGGUUCUAAUGUCGUCAGUGACUUCUUCUGUGAUAAUGUCCCUUUAAUACCCUUGCUCUGCUCAAAUGCACGGCAAAUUGAAUUGAUGAUUAUAUCAUUUGCAUCAUUUAAUUUGAUGUCCUCCCUCCUGACAGUCCUUGUGUCCUACAUGAUGAUCUUGAUGACCAUAUUUCGAAUGAAUUCUGCUGAAGGAAGGAAAAAAGCUUUCUCUACAUGUGGUUCUCACUUGACAGUGGUGGUAGUGUUCUAUGGGUCUCUAUUGUUCAUGUAUGUGCAGCCUGAAUCUGCUCAUCCUUUCAGCACUGACAAAAUUACCUCUGUGUUUUACACAUUAGUCAUCCCUAUGCUUAACCCCUUCAUAUACAGCUUAAGAAACAAAGAGGUUAAAAAUGCCUUCUACAGGAUCUUUAAGAACCCCUGUAAACUUUGUAUUUAA